AUGGAUUUGUUAUCAUCGCCAUCAUUCCACCAUAUUUCACCAUUGACUAGAUCAAGAAGUGAUGUUCGAUCGUCUUCAGUUAGACGGUAAGAGAUAUUACAAAGAUCAGUAAUGUGUUUGAGUUUUGAAAUUUUUUAGAGAUAGCUUACAAAUUGAAAUCUGAAAAAAUUUUGAUAUUAAAGUUCCGUCAUAUGAUUCCUUGUAAUAUUGUAGUGUUGAAAUCUUCAUUAUUUUUAUUUCAAAAAACGUUGUUGAAUUUUUUGGUAAAUAAUAUUUGAUCAUAGGAAUUUAUUUAAAAAUUUAAAUAGUGUAUUUAGGAUCAUUAGCACUGAUUUUUUUAUUCAAAAAUACAUUUGGGAAGUAAAAAUACAGUAGUUUUUUGUUAUUAUUUGUUUUGGAGUAAGAGUUCUUUCUAGGAAUUUUGAACGAAAAAUAAUUAUGAUAAAACUUUUGGGAAUAAUUGUUGAAAAAACAACAAUGUCUUUGUGGGAAAUAGCGAUUUUGAAGUACCUUAGUUUUUUGGGAUUUUUGAGUUAAGAUAACUUGCAAUUUCUCUAAAACACGUUCUACAUAUUUUUGAAAGUAAAAAACACAGUUUCAGUGUCAAAUUAUCAAUUUUUUGAUAAUUUUCUGAUCAAAAAACUAUCCUACAUUUGUAACAGGAUUGGUAUUACAAACAAAGUUAGUCAAUAUCAAACUACAAAGUUCUCACAAUUUUAGAAACGUUUUGCUGUUUGAUUUUAUUAGAAAUUGUAGAUUUCAUCUCGAUUCCUACAUUCAUUUUCACAAUGAACCAUUUUUGUUACAAAUUUUCAGAAAAUUAAUGAAGUUUUUCAGUAUUUCUGCCCACUCCUUUAAUAAUUAAAAUUUUUUUCAGAUCUAACUCAUUCUCUGGGGUCACCCGUUCAACAUCAUCCAAUCGUUUUACUCGACCAGAAUACGGUUAUGGUGGUGGUUACAUGGCUCGUUCAGUCAACAAAGGCGGUAAUUAUUAUUAUUCAUACCCUUCCAAAAACUGUGUGAACGUUGAAAGUGCUUUUUUGAUUGUGCUAGUUGUCCUGAUCAGUGUGAUGGGUCUUUAUUUUUGCGUAUUUUUUAUAUGACCCCUUUUCUAUUUUUCUAAUUAAUUUUUCCAAGAUCAGGGAUGAUGUAUAUAAUUUUGAAAAAAAAACAUAUGAAUCGGGUUGUUGUAUUGAAAUGAAACAUUUUUGUUUUGAUGUUUAUUAUAAUAUACAACAAAAACAAUGAAAACAGAAAAAACGAUGGCCAAUUUUUUUGAUAUGAGACCAGCUGUUCGAGAAAAACACCCACGUUUUUUUUCCAAGAGAGAAGAUAGGUUACAACAACCCGAUUCAUUCAUAAAUAUAUGCAAAUUAUCUACUCACUAAAAAAGAUUGUGUAAAAAACAUAGCAUUUUCAGGAAGCUCACUUUUCGGAAGAAGUUUGGCUGCUACUGCGCUCACCAAAACUCCACCAUUCCACAAUGUCGGAGUUCAACGUAGCACUCCACAUUUCACUGAUAAGUAUGAAUUUUUUUCUAUAAUUAUUUGGGAUUAAAAAUAAUUUUUUUCAGGUAUCCUUAUGUUAGAUACAGUUAUGGAAACACUGACACCGCUCUUGGAAUUUUAACCCAAUCGGAAUCGGUAAUUUUAAUUUUUUGAAUAAUUAUUUAUCAAAAGCAAGCUGGAGAUUUUCAGGUUUACAACAGACAUGCUGGUGUUCGUGAUAUUGGAACAAAACGUUGGUUGGAGGGAAAAUUGAACGCCUACAACACUUCGCUUUUCACUAGACCUGAUUAUCAAAAACGUGUUGAGAGACCAUUGGCCCCAUCAAGAAAUUAUGUUAGGUAUGUUGAGAAAAAUAUGUGAUUGAUGUGAAAUUGAAAUAAUGUAGUAAUUAUAAAUUCCUGGAAUUCCAAUUUUCAAAUUAUUUUUGAAGAUAUAUGCCAGUUGAUGACGCUUUGGAUAUGUACAAAAAACGAUGCAUGACUGUUGGAACCUUGUCAAAAUAUUGGUUGUCCCCAGCUACCUGGACAUCCAGACGUGAAAAAGAAUUGAACCUUUCAUCCUCUUUGAGCCGUGGAAAUUACUCUUAUUCAAGCAGAUUUGACAGGUAAACAUUUUUCUUUCGACCUACCAAAAUAAUUUCUGAUUUCAGACUCGGAGGAAGAACUUUCUAA